UUUGUCGGAUGAAAAGUCAACAGUUUCGAGGAGUGCGCGUCCACAAAGUGCCGCACUGUUCUCUAUCUGGCUGCAGCCGGGUUGGCCACGCCCCCCCCCCUCUCUGCGCGGCACGUUGGUGUCGUCAUCACGCAGGAUUCCACGCACGCAUUGCGUCGAUGUUUUUGCAAACUAGAAAAUAAAAACAUUUGGUCAGGUACUUUUGGAUAAUAUUAAUUUAAGGUAGGGUCGUUUUUACGUAGUUUAAUACGCUCUAUUUCUGAUGGUUCAGGAAUUUAAUGAUAAUAUAAGUUUUAAGAUGGUGCCGCAACUGUUGCAAACUAAAGCUGACAUCUACCGCCAUCACGUGGACGUAAUAUGCAACUACAGGUAUCCAAAAAAGACACAUACACUUGCUGGGUCCAUCUUUGUUUUAAUUCAUUUAAACACAGAUUUAGUCAAACUUAGAAAGACUUUGAUUCCUGUAAUAGCAGCACCAUUGCCCAAGUGUUUUCCUAUCAUGUAAAUGAUAUCUGUCGUCCUAUUGGGCUACACUCAGAAGGCAGGGCCCACCGACAAGCAGGUUCUGCAACUGUUGAAACCAGAAUUGUGUUUCACUUGUUCAACAUUAGUUCUCGAAGAAGGACUCACAUGACUUUGCUAUUUAACAGCUCCGGGAAUGGAGUAAAGGAGUUUUGCUUUCGAAGGCAACGACCUACUGCAGCUGCACCGCAGCCUCCCAAUGCCAUGACACACUGGUAGUACUUGAGGUCGGUUGACAUGGGGACCUUUGCCCUUCAUGCGCUUCUGCUCCUCGCGCUCUGCUGCUCGGCAGGAAAAUGUGAGCUGCAGGAAUCUGAAACUUCAGCGCAGACGGACUCCCCCGGUGUCGAUCCUUUCAUGAGCGGACCGGAUGAGCCCCAGGCCUCCCCCGUCGAGGACAGGGCCAACCUCCCGGUCUUCACCAUGGACUACCCUCGGAUCCAGGUCCCCUUUGAGUUCACAAUGUGGGUGCUGCUGGCCUCUUUUGCCAAAAUUGGUUUCAACAUUUACCAUAAAAUCACCAUCUGGAUCCCGGAGUCCUGCCUGCUGAUUUCCAUCGGCCUCAUCGUGGGCGCCAUCAUGCACUCGGUCAAAGAGGAGCCCCCCGCUGUCCUCAACUCCAACGUCUUCUUCCUCUACAUGCUGCCGCUCAUCGUCCUCGACAGCGGCUACUUCAUGCCCACGAGGCCGUUCUUCGAGAACGUGGGCACGGUGCUGUGGUACGCCGUGGUGGGAACCCUGUGGAACAGCAUUGGCAUCGGGAUCUCCCUCUUCGCCAUCUGCCAGUUCGAGGUGUUUGGAGUCCAAGACAUCAACCUGCAGGAGAACUUGCUGUUUGCCUCCAUCGUCUCGACCGUGGACCCCGUGGCGGCUCUCAAUGUGUUUGACGACAUCGGAGUCAAUGAGCAGACGUACAUCAUCAUAUUUGGAGAAGGACUCUUCAACGACGCCGUCACUGUGGUGCUCUACAACAUGUUCACCUUCCUGGCCGCGCUGCCCGUCGUCGAGUCCACCGACGUGUUCCUGGGGACGGCCCAGUUCCUGGUGGUGGCGGCCGGAGGCGUCCUCUUCGGCCUCGUGUUUGGAUUCGUGGCCGCGUUCACCACGCGCUUCACCCACGGCGUGCGUCAGAUCGAGCCCCUCUUCGUCUUCCUGUACAGCUACCUGGCGUACCUGGUGGCCGAGUGCUUCGCCAUCUCCAGCGUGAUGGCCCUCAUAACGUGCGCCAUCACCAUGAAGUACUACGUGGAGGAGAACGUUUCCCAGAGCUCCUGCACCACCAUCCGCCACGUGGUCAAGAUGCUGGCCACCAUCUCCGAAACCCUCAUCUUCUUCUUCCUGGGCGUCGUCACCAUAACGACGGAGCACGAGUGGAACUGGGCCUACAUCCUGUUCACGCUGCUGUUCGCCUUCGUCUGGAGAGGGAUCGGCAUGCUGGUUCUGACCCAGAUCAUCAAUCCGUUCCGAACCGUCCCGCUCAACUUCACGGACCAGUUCGGCCUCGCCUACGGGGGCCUGCGGGGGGCGAUCUGCUUCGCCCUGGUCUUCACCUUACCCGAUAGCAUCAACAGGAAGGACCUGUUUGUCACAGCCUCCAUCGCCGUCAUCACAUUCACCGUUUUCAUUCAGGGCAUCAGCAUCCGUCCAAUAUUAGAAUAUAUGAACAUCAGGAAAACCAACAAGGACGUGGACACCAUCAACGUGGAGAUUCACACCAGGACGAUGGAGCACGUCCUCAGUGGUGUUGAGGACUUGUGUGGACAAUGGAGCCACUAUUACUGGAAAGACAAGUUCAAGAAGUUCAACGACCGCGUUCUGAGGCGCAUCCUGCUCCGGCACAACAGGGCCGAGUCCAGCAUCGUGUCUCUGUACAAGAGGCUGGAGCUGCAGAGCGCCAUCGGGUUGCUGGACUCGCCGAUGGGAGACCUCGGCGCGGCGCCCUCGCUCCUUCCUCUGCACGACGAGAGGAAGGAGGCGACUCGCCCCAAGAAGAAGUUCCUGGCUGCUGACGUGAGGAAGAUGCACCACAUCCUGUCAAAGAACAUGUACAACAUCCGACAGAAGACAAUGGCCUACACCAACAAAUACGAUCUGCCCGACGACAGCCAGAACCGGGAGAUCCUGAUCUGCCGCCACGCCAGCGUCAGACGCAGCCUCCGUGCCGCCAGUUUCCGCCAGCCGCCUUCACAGCACAUCCCCAGGUCUCAGAAGUACUUCUCCCUGCAGCCGGGGACGGCCCUCCGUCCACCGAGUCGCGGUGGAGACGUGCAACAUCGCUCGGCGCCGCCCUCACGCUCCCCGUGCCGCUCUCCUGUCCCGCUGGAGAGGUUGGACACCAUCGAGGGGACCGGGAGGGCCUCCUCCCGACCGUCCUCACCACCUCCUGGGCCGGACGCUUGGGACCACAGGGGUCCCAGAGGUCCGGAGGGUUCGGGCUUCGGGGGCAGGAAGGCCCCAGGGAGGAGUCAUUCGGAUCGGCCGGACGAAGGGGAACCGGAGGACCGGGACGGAAGAGAACACGAGACACUACUAUGGGACUCCCCGCGGGGGGGCGGAGGCCCAGGGAGUGGAUGAUUGGAAGUAUUAAUGACUUUUAUAAACAUUUGUUCAUGGCUGCAGGGGUGUUAUUUCUACCUCCUCGGAUCUCUUCAAGGGCAGGAAGUGAAGCGUCUCAACCUGCUGACACAAUAAAACAGGAAAUGACUAACAAGAGGUAGUUAUCCUACAGUUGCUCUGACAACAAUAGAGAUCGAUGCAUAAGAGUACUGUUUAUUAUGCUCCACAGUAUACAUGCACUACCUGAGAGCGACUGCCAGACUGUUCCUUGUUAUUUAAUUUAAUUUAACGUUGGUGCCACAGUAGCAUAAGAGCUUUGUGGUGUAUUUGUACAUUAAACACAACAGGAUGUAAUUCAGCUACCAGGUGCAUUUGGACGCAGUUAUGAACUCUACACCGGAGCAUUUGAAACAAGACCCACAGACCAUGAAGGUCUGCUCUCGUUUGCUUUAAUUCCCUCUUCUAUUGGUCUGCUCGAGGCUCCACGUCUCCUCUCAAAGUUUACAUCUUUAAAUGUUUUUAUCUGCUCAGCAGAGAGACAAGGAAUCGAUUCUUCUGUACAGCGCUGUGGGGAAGAAGGUUAUUUCUUCACUUUCUGCACAACAAUUUAGUUAGCAACGAAAGAAAUAUCUUCUUAUAAGUAGUUUUGAUCAUUAAGAUUCAUCUCUAUAUUUUAAGGAAACACGUAUAAACUAAAUAAGGCACAUUGCUGCUCUGAAAUAAGAAAAUAUAGACUUUUUUUACAGUGUACUGGGGAAUGCAGGAAAUGAAAACAUGAUGUAUGUCUUGGCAUUUAUUUUGCAAAUUGUGUAGAUUAGCUAACAAAGAGCAGAUAAUAUUUUUUCCUGAAUUUAUUGGAGUGUAAACUCUCACUUCCUGCACAGUCGCUCCAAUCAAAGAUGUUCCACUGUGAUUGUUGCAUUUAAUUAUUUUGUGAAAAUCACCACAGUAUGAAAUUAACUAUUAUUUAUACUGAGGAGAAAAAAAUAACUCGUGAUUAAUACACAAAUUUGGAAUAUGACCAUUAGUGGAACUUAUUUAGAUAAAUUAGUUAGAUAAGCAGAGUGUUGUUGCAGCAACAUUUUCCUUAAAUCUGUUCACUUCUCCACAGUCAGAUUUUUAAAAUAAAUCUUCUAUUUGAGCAUAAUGGAUUAGAUAGAGUCUCACUUAAAGUUCUGCAGUUUUAAAUAACAAAUAAAUUAACAUAAAGUACCACUUAGAAAUGUCCCGCAUGAAGCUAAUCAUCAGAUUAAUUUUGAAGAGAAUAACUUUAAAUGCUGCAUUAGCAAUGUUAUUUUACCCCGUUUGUACAUAUUACCUCUAAUUAAUAGCUUUACUACAUGUAAAUAACACAGAACCUAAUGAGUUUAUUUGAAUAAGUUGCAUGUACCAUAUAAUAAACUCAAUUACAGAAUUAAAGAAAAAGACAAAGGACAGUAAGUACACAAUAUCUGUCAAACAAUAAUAAUGAAACAAUAAUAGUUCAUCAGCACGAACAUGAGAAAUGGCGAAAUAAAAAAGUUGCUAUUGUUCAUCUCAGAAUAUAUUGAACAAAAAAUCCACCAAAAAAUCCUAAUUCCUAAAAUGUAUUUGUGGUUAUUUCCACACUUUAAAGGAUCCAUAUUAAUAUAAAAGUGCUUUUUUUAAAUCAAAGAGCAGGUAGAAGUGCUUUUUAUAUACAUACAAAUACAUACAAUACAUAGACGUGUUCAACGUCAACAUUCUGUGUCUCAUUUUAUUUUACCGGCUGACAGGAAGUCAACAUGGAACAAAGCUGUUGCCUAGCAACACAAUCCUUUUAAAACAGCCUAGAGCAGAGCUAGCAUGAGGAAAUGUAAACAUGUUCUGGUAAAAAACAAAAACAAACAAACAAACAAUCAAUCAGCUCCAUACAAAUCAAUAAAGGUGUGAAAAUAGAAUAAUGGAAA